UGGUGCGCGGUGCAUGCCGGGGCAGCUGACGUCUCGGGACUCGGGCAGACAAACCGCCUCCAUUAUCCGAGCUGGGCUGGACAAACUCCCGCCGCCGUCAGCCGCUUUGGGCCCGUGAACGGUCUCCCACAGCUCCUCCGGGCUGCCCCGGACCUACACAACACCACCAGCCAUGUUCAAGUGCAUCCCCCUGUUCCGUGCCUGCAACAGGCAGGUGGAAUAUGUGGACAAGCGACACUGUAAUCUUAUGGUUGUACCUGACGAUAUCUACCGAUACGCGCGGACUUUAGAGGAGCUUCUCUUGGACGGCAACCAGAUCAGAGAACUUCCCAGGCCUUUUUUCCGAUUGAUGAACCUACGGAAGUUGAGCAUCAGCGACAAUGAACUUCUGCGUCUACCUGGCGAGAUUUCCAACUUUAUGUCGCUCAUGGAGCUCGACUGUUCUAGAAACGAUCUACCAGAUAUCCCAGAAAACAUCAAGUUCUGCAAGUCCCUGUCUGUUGUGGACUUCAGUGGCAACCCCAUCGCAAAAUUACCGGAUGGUUUUACCCAGUUGCGAGGGCUGCGGUACGUGGCGCUCAACGACAUCUCACUCCACAAGUUACCCGGAGACAUCGGCAGUCUGUCCAAUUUGAUAACCCUGGAAUUGAGAGAGAACCUCCUGAAAGUGCUGCCCACGUCUCUGUCAUUCCUUGUGAAGUUGGAACAGUUGGAUCUCGGUGCCAAUGAACUUGAAGACUUGCCGGAGACCCUCGGAGCAUUACCAAACCUCAAAGAGCUCUGGUUAGAUGGAAACGAGAUCAAAGAACUCCCUCCGGAAAUUGGGCACUUGAAGAAGCUGAGCUGUCUGGAUGUGUCUGAGAACAAGCUGGAGUUCCUUCCAGAUGAGAUAGGGGGCCUCGUUAGCCUGACUGAUCUGCACCUGUCACAGAACUGUCUGGAGGCCUUACCUGACACCAUUGGUAAGUUGAAGCAGCUUGCCAUGCUGAAGGUGGAUCAGAACCGGAUCCUGGUGUUAACGCCAGACAUCGGCAGCUGUGAGAGGAUCCGGGAGCUGAUCCUGACAGAGAACCUGCUACAGGAGAUCCCACCAACCAUCGGCAACCUCAAGGAGAUGAUCAACUUCAACGUGGACAGGAACAGGCUGCUCAACGUGCCUGAUGAGAUCGGAGGCUGUGUAAAGCUGGGUGUGCUGUCCCUCAGAGACAACAGACUGACCAGACUUCCCAACGAGCUGGGCAACCUGAAGGAGCUUCAUGUCAUGGAUGUGGCUGGCAACAGGUUAGAGAACCUCCCCUUCUCCAUCACAGCGCUGAACCUGAAGGCGGUUUGGCUGUCGGAGAACCAGUCUCAGCCCAUGGUCAAGUUCCAGGCGGAAGACGACGAGAAGACGGGCGACAAAGUCCUGACGUGUUUCCUUCUUCCGCAGCAAGGUCCCUCCGCAAGUAUGGAAAAACAACAGACGUCAUUGUCCCGCAAACUUAUCGAAGAGCUGAGAAUAGUCCAGCGCCAUAGACUUCUCAACAAGAAAGAUAAUCUGCCAAUCGAGGAGCGAAUACGGAAACUACGCUGGUCCAGCCACACGGACGACACGGGCUACAAGUCAGGCAUGAUAAUGUUCCAAGACAUGGGGUGGGCAGAGGAUCCUCAUGCCCAGUUUCAGUAUGGAGGGUAUCUCCCGGAGGAAGAGAACUUGUUCCCCGACGGCAGAAGUAUGGAAGAUGCGUGGAACGAGCCGGUACCGGACCGUACGUCAAAGGUGUUGUUCGACGCGCCGGAAGAAAACGAAGAAGACAAACCGCAGACGGUAGGUUUUACAAACCCAGACCUCCCAAACACGACGUUUGUACGCCACAACACGCCACAUCCGCGGGAGCUGAAAACACGACACCCCAAGUACCUGGCCAAGCAGCAGAACAAGCAUUCAGACGAAGACGGUCACGUGAUGACUGCAGAGUCUGAAGAAGAAAAUGAGGAGGAAGAUGAUGAACAAACCCCUCUCAUGGUAACCAAUCAGCAUGCUGUACCACUACAACAACAACAACAACAACAACAUGUGGAACUAGCACAGGAAGAACCCAGAGAAGAGGAAGAAGAAGAAGAGUUGCUACCAGAGAGAACACAAGAAGAGAAUGAGGAGGAGGCUGAGGAAACAGAUGAUGAAGACCGCGAGAGACAGGUGACGUUCUCCAGUGAUACGGAAGACAUGGAGAAAAACGACAGCAAACUCCAGCGGAGAGACACACCUCACCAUCUUAAGGGGAAGAGACUUAAUCUUGACGAGGAAACAGCAGCUGACGCUGUGGCCGCCAUUUUACAGAGACAUCAGAGUCAAACCUCGCAGAAAGGAAUUGUGCUCAAUAGUUAUGCAGAUGGGGAGGAACCAGAGAUGGAAGAACAAGAGAUGACCCUCACCAUCCAGCGUCCCCCAGGGAUGGGUCUGGGUGUCAGCAUCGCCGGAGGGAGGGGCUCCACUCCUUAUAAGGGCGAUGAUGAGGGUAUCUUCAUCUCCCGAGUGUCAGAAGACGGGCCAGCUGGGAAGGCUGGGGUCAAGGUCGGGGACAAGUUGUUAGGGGUGAACAAUGUGCACCUGGAGGAAGCUGAGCACCAUGAGGCUGUGGACUGUCUGAGGAACAGCGGGAACACAGUACAAGUAGUGGUGAUGAGGGAGGUCAUGGUGGAGAGAAAACCCCUUCCACAGCCUUCAGUGGAGGUGCCUCAGCCAAGACCACCUAGCCCGCCUAGCAUGCCUGAUGAGCCCCCUACAGAAGUAAAGAAACAUGGCGUAUCAUUUGCAUCAGGCCCUGAGGUGGACAUACCAUUGGAGGUUGCCCCAUCCAACAACGUUUCCCUUGACCCCCCCACCCCAGCCAAGAGGUCAGGGGUGAGCUUUGCCCCCGUCGAGGGGGAUGACAGUCCAGAGGAGAGUACCUCCGACUCUUCAAGCUCACCCAGUCCCAGAGAAAGUCCCCAAGCCCGAGAGCGUGACGCAGAAAUUGCGAUAGAUCCUUCACCUCAAAUGAAUGUCCCUCAGCCAAGGCCCCCUAGCCCACCGAACAUCACGGUGCAGGAACCCUCGCCAAUGAAGAAAGUCGGAGUUUCAUUUGCCUCAGAGGCUGAACAAGAAGACGAAGAAAUACCUCUUGAGAUUGCUGUUCCAGUUACCAACACCCCUCCCGGCAGCCCCGAGAAGGCACUCACAGACGAGCAGGCCUCGGCAAAGAAACACGGCGUCACAUUCGCACCCGAACCAGAGGUGGAGAUUCACGCUGAGCAAACCUCUGCACAAGGACUGACCAUAGCAACCACAUUGGUGAGAGACCAACGAGGGCUCGGCUUCAGCAUAGCAGGGGGAAAGGGCUCCACACCAUAUAAGGGCAACGACACAGGUGUGUUUAUCUCCAGGAUAGCGGAGGACGGGAUAGCAGAGGCAGACGGCAAGCUUGAUGUCGGCGACAAAAUCAUCUCAAUAAACGGCACGGACGUGACAGAGGCGCGGCAUGACCAGGCAGUAUCCCUACUCACCUCGUCCGACCGCAUACAGUUGGUCAUUUACAGAGAACACCUCGUUAUCAAUCAGGACCCGCCCGCAUCAACGACACCCAAGGCACGGCCCCCCACCCCGCCCCCGCGUACCUCACCCGUACCACGCUCCCCCACCCCUCCUCCCUCGUACUCUCCACCCCCACCCCCACGAUCGCCCUCCCCACCCCCCACAUAUGAGAAUGUAGAAAGGAUAGUGUCGGAGAUGCAGUCCUCGGUAGUUAUGUCCUCACCAGGCCCCCUGGUGGAGCCCCCAUCACCCAUAGUCAACCAUGCUGAGGAGGAGGAAGAGAUGAAGGACUCACCUUACCCAGUGGAGGAAGUGACGUUGGUGAGGGAAGGCGGCCCCCUGGGUCUGAGUAUCGUCGGCGGGAGUGACCACUGUAGUCACCCCUUCGGCAUGGACGAACCUGGGAUAUUUAUCUCCAAGGUAAAGCCAGGUGUCCUGAAGAUUGUAGGAGGAGGUGCAGCGGACAAGACUUCCUUAAAGGUUGGGGACAGGAUUCUAAAGGUGAAUGGUAUGGACCUGAGGCAUGCCACACACCAGGAAGCUGUCCAGGCCCUGCUGUCCAACACACAUCAGAUUGACAUGGUCGUCAGACAUGACCCGCCACCUAGAGAACUACAGGAAAUCAACUUGAUCAAAGCUCCAGGGGAGAAGCUGGGCAUCAGCAUCAGAGGAGGGGUCAGAGGUCACCCGGGGAACCCCCUCGACAAGUCAGAUGAGGGCAUCUUCAUUUCCAAGGUCAGCCAGGUUGGUGCAGCUGCAAGAGAUGCGAGGUUAAAGGUCGGCAUGAGAAUAUUAGAGGUAAACAAUCAGAGCCUGCUAGGCUGCACACACGUGGAGGCAGUGCGAGCAUUACGAGCUGUCGGGGACAGGCUUCAGGUCCUGGUCUGUUACGGUUACGACGAGGAGGCCGUCAAGUCUAUGUCGCCGACGUCGAUCAUCGCUAACCCCAUGUUGAUCGGAGACGGAAUCCGCCGCGGGAGCCAGGACAGUAUAUCGUCCAUCGACAGGGAUUUGUCGUCAGACGAAAUGAGCAUCGUGAGACAGGAAGAAGAAAUGGUGAGAGAAUCGCAGGCAUGGGAGAAAGAAGAAGUGGAAAAACUGACUGGGUCCACUCCUGCGCCUGCGGAAGUGUCACCGGAGCGGUUAAGAAGAGAAAGAGAAGAACAGACUAGGAGAAUAGAGGAGGAAGCUGAAAUGGAGGCAAGAAGGUUAGCAGAGUUGCAGAGGAAAAGAGAAGAAGAAGAGAGGGCCAGAGAAGAGAGAAAAAGGCAUGAUGAGGAAGCUAAAGAUGCAUUGAGUAGGAGUACCCUGGUACAUCAAAUGGCACCUAGAAUACACCAUGUGGAACAACCCAAGCCAGAAGCUGUCCAACAGUCCAAAGACUCGCCUACGAAAGUGGCGCCACCAACGCUGCCCAAACCCAAACCCAAACCUGAACUCCUGGGUUAUAAGGACGUGUCUGCAUGCCCACCUAGACGACUUAGCGACCGGGUAUCCGAGGUAAUCGAUGAAGACAAGAUAGACGUCCCAAGUCCCGAGAAACUGGACUUCCGGGCGAAGCAGGCGAGAUUUGAAAUGGAAAUUGCUCAACAGAAAGGUGGAACAUUACCGAAAGCUAAAGGGCCUCCUCCGCCUAUUCCUAAGAAACCCACUAUCUUCAAAACCCGCUCUGUCGAUGAAGGCAACCGGCCACCCAAACCGCCUAAACCUCCCAAACCGGUGUUACCCAAGCCGAAAGACGGAGACAAGAGAGUGAGUUUGAUCAGUAAUGACGACCUUGCCAACCUGAAGGCUGAAGAAGAGAAGAGAAUGCUGUCCAUGUCCCAAGACGAGCUGAUGGCCCAGUAUCAGGAGGACUAUCCUGACAUCACGGACGACUCCUUAUUCCACGACAGCUCGUCUUUCAACAGGAUGAGCAUAGCAUCCAGUACCACCUCGGAUGAUUCGGCUUUCAGGGACCUGUCCUUACAGGAAACAUCCACGUCAAGAUCGAACACAAGCCCACUCGCCCCCACACCUCCCGACAUCAGGACAGCAAAGGCGGAGAAGCGUUACUACGAGAGGUUAAAGGCCAUGAGUCCUGAGUCGGUGACCUCUGACCCUGACCGGGCGCUCUCUCCGGCCGAGGAACGUGCCAGGCAGGCGGAGAAAAGAGCCGCCUGGAGACAAGCAAGAAUGAAGUCCCUUGAAGAGGACGCCCUGAAAGCACAGAUGGUCAUUGCCAAGGUCAAGGAGAUGAAGGUCAAAGGCUCGCUGGAGAGGCUUGCAGAGAGCCCCACCCCUAAAACUGUGCCAGACAGGUCAUCACAUGAAGACAAUGGAAAUGUGUCCAUAGACGCUAACGACAACUCACAAGAUUCUCCUGCAUCAUCACAGUCCUCGUCAUACACUGGUUCCUAUGGCAACUACAGUAGUCAACAUGCCAAUGGAGACAACAGUAGUCCGUCAGAGGGGAAAUACAUCGAACAGACGUCAUGAGACAUAAACUAUAGUCUCCUGUAGUUAAGACAUUCAUAAGACAAUGGCAGCUCAAGACAGACAAAAUCAACUCCUUAACUUUUCCUUCUUCCUCCAUAUUUGUCUUGAACUUUUUGUCUUUUUAAGACAACUUUUAAAACUGCUGAAUAUCAUUUUUUUCCCUUGAUUCUUCCUGGUUAGAUUUUUGUAUAGAGACUGGCCAGUUUCUCGUUACUCUUUUAUUGGUCACAUUUUGACAGAAACGAUUUAUUGUAGGUCCAUUGUCUUAUGAAUGAUGUAUAAAAAGGUGACAUAAAUGAUUGGGUGCAGUUUUCUGUAUUGAAGGAUAGAGCAAAUAUUUCAUCAAGGGCUCAAAGAGUUCUUAAUUUGAUUUUUUGUACUUUUUCUUUUAAUUUUCAUCUUCAUCAUACUAACAUUAUUACCUCAAUUCACCUCUGUAUAAUACUUCACAAUUCUUUGUAAAUGCAUUUGCUUUUGAAUUUGAUGUUGAUAUGUUGGGAGUUUUAACAUGUUCAUCCUAUAUGUCCUACUUUUGAUAGAUUAUUGUCUCAUUUUUAUAGCUUCUUUUCAAUUAGAUGUAUUGUGCUGUCAUUUUUUAAACAUAGAUUUUAGACUUUUUAAACAGGAAUCAUAGUAUUUGUUGUGUGGAUUUGCUGUACGGAAUAUCGACUGGCUAUAUUCGAUCUUCUCUCAAAUUUCGUUUGUUCAAGCUCUUAACCAACAGUGAUAAUUUGUUUUACUGUGAUCAUUAUUAGCAAUUGCAAAUAAGUGGUUUAUUGUUACAGUUAGAUUUGUCGCCUUUUUCAUUGUUGAUACGCUAGUAAUUAAAUGUUUUGCUUCGAAGUGAGCUGAAAACGUAGGGCUAGGACAUAAAACGUCAUUACCUAAAUCAGACUUAAGAAAUUGUUAUAUUCCGUUACCAUUAUUUUAUGAUCAACAUUUUUAAAGUUCUCGUUUGCACCUUGUAUAAAAAAAUUGCACAGAAUUCGGGCAAGAAUAAUAUGACGGUACACGAAAGUUUGUAAAAAGCACAUACUAAGCCUUUUUUAAGUUUUCUUUUGGUUCGAAUGCGAUAAAUGAACGGCCAAAAGAGGUCAUGUCACGAUUGUAAAUGCACUGAGUGGAGAUGGUCGAUUAUGUAUGUAGACAGGAGUGUAGUGUACUUUAGCUCUUAGCGUGGACAGACUUUCAUUGUAAUGUAAAUACAGACCCAAUGGAACGAAUCAUGUAUACUUAGGCAGCAUCCUACAAAAUUAAUGAAUUUGCAACCAAAUUGUGGACUUUCGAAAUGACUGGAAACUGGGAUCUACAUGACAAUCAUGAAGUCAGAGGCAAAAAAAAAUGUCCUGUAGUCAAGUUUUGGUCAACGGGGAUAUGUCUGAGCAAGGUUGUACAGUAACGAAUGGGGUUAUUUUAACUUUGCUAACUUCUCGCCAUUUUAGUGAAGUGAUCGCACACUUGAAAACAUUAAUGUCAGGAACAGAAAUUGUGUGAUCGCCCUAGAAACAUACCAUAUUCCUAUCAUAUACAUGUAAGUCCACAGUACUGUGGUGUUGUACAUGUAGGCCAAAUUUCAUGUCGAAAAUUUAAACCUUAGCUUCAUUAGAAUGGGCUCUCAUAGAGCAGUCGUGUUGGCAUUUUGAAAAAUAUCUUCACCUUGAUAUCAAAAUGGGUGAAAAUGAUUUUUACUCAUAUAUUUUUCAAAUGAACUCCCCGAAAACAGUUAUUCAGUGUGUAUAGUCAACAUCUGGGCCUAUUUCAAGUUUACUUACUGUAUGACUUUGAACACGAGUGCUGUUUUUUGUACAUCAUUUCCCAUAAUUGUAUAAAUGGCUGAGUGUACAUUUUUACACCCGUCUCACGAUGAGACGAUUACUACCCCCCAAAUACGAAAUGGUAUUUCCCAAGUAGUGCUUGUACCACUGUAGCGAGGUCGUGUGGGAGAUACCAUUUCCGGUUACUAUAGGUGACAAUAAAGACAGCAUUUUUAAAUCUUGCAGAUAUAUACUAAUGGUGCAAAGUUACAAUUUUGUAAAGGAACUAUAUACUCUGUACUGUACUGGUGACGGUACAGCCAAUAGAAGUGUACCUUCAAUUACUUGUCUUCAAUACCACAUUUCAAUAGUAACGAAAUAAGAAUUUUUCACUGCUCAAUAGUGUACGGUUGGUAGUAUACAGUUUUCAUAGUGGACUCGUCUCGAUAAAUAGAGUAAGGUGGUUUUAAGUUUUAUACAUGUAAGUCAACACAGUGGGUUAUGCUAGCCAAUUAUAAACUCUUUACUACAUGGCAACGAUACAGAAAUACUUUUAAGAGAACUUGAUAUUGUAAGAAGAGCUAUUUUUUGGCUAUACAUGUAUGUGGAGCUCUGGUUGACGAUUUUUGGCAGCAAAGAUCACUGUACAGUCUGACACUUUGUGCGAUAUAUACAGGUGUAACAAGUGAGUUGUCUAAUGUAAUUAUAUCUUAUAAUGUAAAGUUUUACACAAAUGGUUACCGCAUUUCAGUAGAAAUUCCACCGGAAACAGUGUAACAGUAUAUGCCUUGGAUCUAGAUAUAUGCAUUUGAUAUGAAUAUCAUAAUUGUAUUAAAUGAUCAUAUUUACAAAAUUGGUAAUACCAGUAUAGCAACUUUGCUAUGAUAUAUAUUGUAGCUGUUCUUGCCAAUACAAAAGUAUAGGAACUUGGUGUUACUAUUUCAUAUGCCUAUUAUAAAAGCCAUUGUCUUGUAGAUAACUCUCAUCAGCUCCCUGGAAUUUUCACUGAAAUGUGCGUGAUAGUUGUGUGCUGAUUUUUUUGUGAAAACUUAUUAUAAACUUUGACCAAAUUUUUGUAGCAUGUUUAGUGUUACUUAGUAGCUAUUUGUAAGGAUGGAACAAUCAGAGUAGGUGGAAAUCUCGCUCAUGGCUGUAUAUUGUUGCUCUGCUCUUUCUCUUUACUCCCAAAGAACUAAAAAAAAUCAUCCUAACUA